ACAAAACAUCCGUCAAACUAGCGGUUCAUAGCUAGUCUGUAUAGCUUCUCAACGAACAUAGGAUCUCACUCUUUGACUAACACCACGGGUACUUAACAAUGCCGUCGGACGGGGCAAUGCUACGGUGAAUAAUCCUACACAUCAUUGGCACCAAAGAUGAGCUCAGCAAGUAUGCGUGAGGGCGGAGGGGGAGGGGGGGAGAGAGCUAUAUAAAUGAAAACCACCACGACGUCUUUCAGUUCUCCUUCAUAAUUAUUAAGUGAACAUGAAGUUCGACCUUCGACAGGGAUCUUUGCCUCCGCACGGUGGGCUCGAAACUCACUGCGUCCAACAAGAUGCUUCAAAGUCAGUCGCUAUCAUUGGCGCAGGGAGCGCUGGACUGGCUAUGUUGAAAUCCUUGUUGGAUUUGCCAGUCGAGACUCGUGCGGACUGGGAUAUAGUUCUGUACGAGAAACGUGGGGACGUCGGGGGAAUAUGGUUGCCAGAUGCAUCACCCUCUCCUCCGCCAGCGGUACCCGAAACUCCGCUGUAUCCGCUGCUGCACGCCAAUACUCCUGUUCCCAUGAUGACUUACCCUGGCUUUCCGUUCCCACCUGGCACGCCCCUUUUCCCCUUGCACGAAUAUAUAGAGCAGUAUCACCGGGAUUACGCGACACAGUAUGGUCUCUGGCCAUAUAUCAAGUUCAACCAUACUGUGUUGUCAUCAUCAUGGGUGGGAACGCCGCAGACAGGACAUUGGGAGAUUAUUGUUGAAGAUGGCAACGGUAACCGGGUGCAAAGAUUAUUUGAUCAUCUCGUCGUUGCCAAUGGGCAUAACCACGCGCCCCACAUCAUAGUAUUUCCAGGACAAGAAGCGUGGCUGGAGAACGCUAAAGACGGACCAGAACGUGAAAUUCUGCACUCUGUAUGGUACCGCGACCCUAAUCAGUAUGUCAACCGAACUGUCAUAGUGGUGGGCGGCGGAGCAAGUGGAGUCGACAUCGCGUCUCAGGUGUCGCAGUAUGCCCACAAAGUUUAUCUCAGUGUUCGCAGUUCGCCACUGGAGACUCCAACAGGACCUGUGGAAAUGAAACCUGGGAUUUCACAUUUUACACCGGAAGCCGUCGUCUUUACGGAUGGGUCCGUGGCGCAAGACAUUGAUACGGUGCUACUGGGUACCGGUUAUGACCUACGGAUGCCUUUCCUAGAAGAAGGCGGGGAAGUGAUCGUGAAACCAGGAUCUAACAAGUCAGACGGACGCAAGCUGACCACCAACCUGCGUUACCUGUUCCCGCUCCAUAAACAUAUAUUUUCCCUGUCGGAAUCUUACCCGACGAACGCACUGGCUUUCAUCGGCCUCCCGAUAUUUAGCUUUAGCUGUGCCUUGGAUACUGCACAGAGUAUCUACGCCUCGUCGAUCAUUGCGAACGGCAGCCUGCUCGAAUCCCGAGCUGAAUUGUUGAACCAACUUGCGGACAGCGAGGAAGACCUUCGAAGCAGAGGGUAUGACCCGUAUUACAUUGGACAUAGGAUGGUCGAAUUUUCCACCUUCGAUUAUCAAGAGAGCCUCAUCGACACUCUACGAUCGAAGGGAGUAUUACCAAACCAAACCACCAGUUUCGUCGAUCCCUGGAGAAGGGAAUGCGUCCCAUACUGGAGCAAUGUCAAACGAGGAUGGAAAAGGCUGGAGGCACUUGGAUUAGCUGAGGAAUGGCUAGAGGGGAUUAAGAGUGAAGAAGAGUGGGUUGAGCUUAUGAGACGAGUGAAUGCGUGGCAGAAAGAUUGGGAGACGGUGCACCAGGUAGAAAUUCCAGAUGACAAGCUCGUGUAUUGAUGGAUAACAUCAUAUUCUAUCUGGUACUACGUAAUUAACGAUCAUAGAAGUGUUAUGGACGACGUUGCGACCAAGGAAGGUCUUAU